UAGUAACUCUUGUGAAAUUCGUAAAUCGCCGGCCUGUUUUUCUGAAAAUCUGUGAAAAAUCUCGGAAAAAGGAUGGAAUCCAAAAUUUUGGAGUCUUUGGAGCUUGUUGGCUACAAGGGUGACCUAAUCGACCAAAAUUGCUUAUCUCAAGCAAUCUACGACGACAAAAUCAAUACUGAAUUCCGUAAUUUAGUCUCCUGGAUAUCCAACGAGAUCGCAGGUUUGGGAAAUUUUGAUGAAAGAGUCAGUAAAGACGACGACUUGAACACUUUUCUCUUGGAAUUGUCGGGAUUUCUCAAAGAAAUCCAAUGUCCUUACAACAUUUUCAUGGCAGGUCCUGUAUCAUCGCGUUUCAAUACGGCAGAAACUCGUUUCCUGUUGCUUGAAUUUUUGCUCGAGGAACUCAUGGCACAAAAAAUGUCGAAUGUCUCUCGUACAAAAGACACAAAAAAAGAUCUCGCCAUCACAUUACACGAAACUCCAACGGCAGCUGCAUUAAAAGAAAUCGCCAUCACGCUUAAUUUGGGAAAACCGCCAGAUAACAUCACGUCGAAGCAGCUUUUUGAAAAAAUUAACAAUAAAUUUGACGAGAUUAUUGCUCGUACGAAUGGCAUGAAACGCAUUGGUAAGCCGCUUUUUUGCCCGAAAACGCGUGUCAGCGACGAAAAUUGGAACAAAUUAGCGGAUUUGCAGAAAAAUUUAGAUGCUGAAUACGAUUUACGUCGCAAAAUGUUGUUGACGCGCUUAGAUUGUACCGUGCAGAGUUUCCAAUGGUCCGAAAAGAUAAAAGGAAAGGAAGCUGAAAUAACGGAAAGAUUUGCAGCAAAACGACAAAAACUUGAGCAAUUAACGACGGGAGGGCAACGAACAGGUAUUCCAGCUUUGUUGGCAGCAAGAGAUAAUUUGGCGAUUAUUGAGAAAACGAGCAGUGCAAAUGUCAGGAGAAACACUCGGAGUAAAAUUCAGAGACAUGUGAUGGGAAGUGUUCCGGAUCGGGGAGGAAGAGCGUAUGAGCAUCAACCUCCGCCGCCUGAAAUGCCUUCGUGGCAGAAAAAUCGAGCACAAGGCGGCGGCGGGCAAGGAGGAGGAAGAGGACGAGGAAAUCACAACCAAGGCGGAAACCGCGGAGGAUAUCAAAAUCAUGGAAACAAUCAACCUUGGCAAAAUCAACAACAACAACAAGGAUACAAUCGCGGCGGUUAUCAAAAUAAUCAAGGAUACUCAAAUCAGGGACAGCAUCAACAGCAGAGAGACUCGUACGAUAAUCGCCAAAAUUAUAAUCAACAAGGCGGAUAUCAUCAUGAUAAUAAUCGUCAAAAUCGCGGCGGAGGAUCUCGUGUUCAAGGCGGAUGGUCUCAAAGAGGCGCCAAUAACGACUAUAACAACCAACAAUCUUACCAUUCGGGAGGUAGAGAUGAUAAUAGUUAUCAACAACGAGGGCAUUCGAAUUACAAUCGAGGAGGUCGUCGUUAAGAAUUUAAAAAAUCUCAUUUUUGUAUGCAUUUUUGUUAAAUAUUUAAAAAAAUAA